AUGGCUGAAAAUCUGCCGGAAGAAGUGAAACAGAAACUGCAAAAUUUCGACAACACACUAACAGCGCUUGAAAAAGCAGUGGAUUCAGUAAUUAAAGGCGGCGUUGAUAAGCAUUAUGAGCGGAAUGCUCACGAAAUGGCUCUUGUGGAUACAAUGGCCAUGUUUAUCAUGGAUAGUUUAUUAUGGACAACACACGGUCUUCGAGGUGAACUUCCGGAGAAAAAUGAAGAGCUUUUGAUUGAUUUAAAUCGCACAAAACGUCUUGCUGGUGAAAUGAAAGAAGUGAAUCUUCGACAAGAAGCCCCUCGAGUGAAUUCUCAGGCAGCAACGAAUUUUGUUCGCAAUGCACUAUGGGAACCGAAAGAGAAGGAAUAG